AUGGGUGUUCAAUACAGAACUGCGGACUUCAAGACGUUGGAGCGUGAAAGACGUUUCCAGAACCCGCCAAAGGACAAGAGCGCGUUCCCUCUUUUGGAGGAAGCGGUGAGACCUCAUGUUGGUUCUUUCAAUGCGCUGACUGAGGGCACCGGCGGUGGGCUGCUAAACCUGGGAGUCAAGGAUAUCGGUUACAAGACCAUCUUCGACUCGAACGAUACAGAGAGAUUGGGCAACAAGCUGAGAAUCAGGGUGGAGUCUGUCCAGCUUGCAAAGCCUCAAGUUCCUCCUAAUGACAAGCUCAGCAUCGACAAGAAGAUCUGGCCAUCAGAGGCGAGGGAGAGAAUGAUCAGUUACAGAGGUAAGUUGCUGCUGAAGGUGUCCUGGUCUGUCAAUGACGGUGAAGAAAUCAGUGAGAUCAGAGACGCUGGGCAGGUGCCAAUCAUGCUCAAGACCAACAGAUGUCACUUGGAGAACCUCUCGCCGGAUCAACUCGUCAACCGCAAGGAAGAGUCUGAUGAAUUGGGUGGCUAUUUCAUCGUGAACGGUAUUGAGAAGCUUAUCCGUAUGCUUAUCGUGCAACGUCGUAACCAUCCAAUGGCUAUCAUCCGUCCUUCCUUCACGAACAGAGGUGCGGCUUACUCUCAAUUUGGUAUCCAAAUCAGAUGUGUGAGACCAGACCAAACUUCUCAGACAAACGUCUUGCACUACUUGAACGAUGGUACUGUGACGUUCAGAUUCUCAUGGAGGAAGAACGAAUAUCUUGUUCCUGUCGUUAUGAUCUUGAAGGCCCUCAUCGAGACUAACGACCGUGAGAUCUUUGACGGUAUCGUUGGUUCUGACAUUGAAAACUCGUUCUUAACGGAUCGUUUGGAAUUGCUUUUGAGAUCUUACAAGUCCUAUGGCUUGAGCUCUAACAGACAAACUCUGGCGUACCUGGGUGAUAAGUUCAGAGUUGUCUUUGGUGCAACUCCUGAUGUGUCAGAUGUCGAUGUUGGUAAAGAAGUGUUGCAGAGAAUUGUGCUUGUCCACUUGAAAGACAACAGAGACAAGUUCAGAAUGCUCCUCUUCAUGAUUAGAAAGCUUUACACACUCGUCGCUGGUGACUGUGCACCAGACAACCCAGAUGCCACACAACAUCAAGAAGUCCUUCUCGGAGGUUUCCUGUACGGUAUGAUCAUCAAGGAGAAGAUUGAAGAGUACCUCAACAACUUCAAACUCCAGGUCCAAUCUGACUUGAACCGUGGAACUGCAGUGAACUUCAACGAUAGAAAGUACAUCACCAGGGUGUUCUCAAGAAUCAACGAAAACAUUGGUCAGAAGUUGCAAUACUUUUUAUCCACGGGUAACUUGGUCUCACAAUCCGGUUUGGAUUUACAACAAGUGUCUGGUUAUACCGUCGUUGCUGAAAAGAUCAACUUCUACCGUUUCAUCUCGCAUUUCAGAAUGGUCCAUAGAGGUUCUUUCUUUGCACAGUUGAAGACCACCACUGUGAGAAAAUUGCUUCCAGAGUCAUGGGGUUUCCUCUGUCCUGUCCAUACUCCGGAUGGUUCUCCAUGUGGUUUGCUAAACCAUUUUGCCCACAAGUGUGCUAUCUCAACUGAAGAGUCGGACGUCUCAGGUGUCCCAGAUGCUCUCUCAGCACUUGGUGUGUCACCAGCUCAUACGUUCGCAGCUGGUCCAGACGUCUGCUGUGUACAACUCGACGGUAAGAUUGUCGGCUGGACCACCCACCAACAAUCAAAGGUUAUCGCUGAUACCCUCAGGUUCUGGAAGGUGGAAGGAACCCACAACUUGCCUUUGGAUUUGGAGAUUGGUUACGUUCCUCCAUCAAGUAAAGGUCAGUAUCCAGGAUUGUUCAUCUUUGGUGGCCGUUCCAGAAUGAUGCGUCCUGUUCGUUACCUACCAUUGGAUAAAGAGGACAUUGUCGGUCCUUUCGAGCAAGUUUACAUGAACAUUGCUGUUACACCUGAAGAAAUUGAAAAUAACGUCCAUUCGCAUGUUGAAUUCACCCCUACAAACAUUCUGUCCAUCUUGGCUAACUUGACACCAUUCUCUGAUUUCAAUCAAUCUCCAAGAAACAUGUACCAAUGUCAAAUGGGUAAACAAACCAUGGGUACCCCUGGUGUUGCUCUCGUGCACAGAUCUGACAACAAGUUAUACAGAUUGCAGUCUGGUCAAACCCCUAUUGUCAAGGCUAACCUGUACGACGAGUACGGUAUGGAUAACUUCCCUAACGGUACCAACGCUGUUGUUGCUGUCAUCUCUUAUACCGGUUACGAUAUGGAUGAUGCGAUGAUUAUUAACAAGUCUGCUGAUGAGAGAGGUUUCGGUUAUGGUACAGUGUACAAGGUUGAAAAGGUUGAUCUCGGCCAAUCCAGACGUCGUGGUGAUCCUAUCACCCAGCACAUCGGUUUCGGUGCUGAUGAGUGGCCAAAGGAGUGGAGAAAGAUCUUGGAUACCGAUGGUUUGCCAAUGAUUGGUAGUAGGGUUGAGGAGGGUGAUCCAAUUGUCGCUUUCUACGAUGAAACCAUUGGUAAGACCAAGGUUAAGACGUACCACUCUUCCGAAGGUGCAUACAUCGAGGAGGUUAAACUCCUUGGUGAUGAGGGUAAUGAUCAAGAGUUCCAACAGUUGACCAUCAAGUACAGAAUCACUCGUGCGCCAUUGAUUGGUGAUAAGUUCUCCUCGAGACACGGACAGAAAGGUGUUUGUUCUAGAAAAUGGCCACAGGUUGAUAUGCCAUUCUCUGAGACCGGUAUUCAACCUGAUGUCAUUAUCAACCCUCACGCCUUCCCAUCUCGUAUGACCAUUGGUAUGUUUGUUGAAUCGCUUGCAGGUAAAUCUGGUGCCCUUCAUGGUAUUGCACACGAUUCUACACCAUGGAAGUUCAGUGAAAACGAUACACCAGCGGAUUAUUUCGGUGAGCAAUUGCGUAAAGCUGGUUACAACUACCAUGGUAAUGAACCUAUGUACUCUGGUGCUACUGGUGAGGAGCUGAGAUGCGAUAUCUACAUUGGUGUUGUCUACUACCAAAGAUUGCGUCACAUGGUGAACGAUAAGUUCCAGGUUCGUUCCACUGGUCCUGUCAACUCGCUCACGAUGCAACCUGUUAAGGGUCGUAAGAGAUCUGGUGGUAUCCGUGUUGGUGAGAUGGAGCGUGAUGCCCUCAUUGGUCAUGGUACCGCUUUCUUAUUACAGGACCGUCUUCUGAACUGUUCUGAUUACACGCAAACAUCCAUCUGUCGUGGCUGUGGAUCCCUGCUCUCCACGCAAACCUCUGUUCCUAGAAUUGGCUCUGCAGCCACCAUCCGUUGUCGUAACUGUUCGGCAAAGUUCGAACAUUCUUCCAGCUAUGUUGAUGAGUCUGAUAUUUGGGAAGAUGGACAGGGUAACAAGUUUAUCGGAGGUAACGAUACCACCACGGUUGCUAUACCAUUUGUCCUCAAGUACCUGGACUCUGAGCUCGCAGCAAUGGGUAUCCGUAUGCGUUAUAACGUUCAACCCAAGUGAGGUAACAGUGCUAUGGAGCCUAAUUGCAUAACAAUGGGGUUAAACCGUUGUUCUAUAUACACGAUCGAGAAUCACCAAAAGGGGAAACCAAUCACGUGGAAUGUACACUAGAUGUUUAGAUAGGGGGUCCUUGUAGCAUUGAGGCGAUACGAACCGUGCUGUCGUCGUGUAUGGCGUUGCUGGUGAGCUGUGAAUGCCAUUACCGAGGAUGCCGUGUAUUUAUACCCAAUGCGGUAAAGCUAUGCGGUCGUGGUAUCACGUGACUUGCACGUGACUCCACAGUGCUACACCACUACACCACUACACCACUGUAAGAUCCAAAGCCCACAGGCUUUACUGGAGGCCAACACUGCAAGUUGCACAGCACCGCCAACCGCAUCGGACUUGUCGCAUUUACCGACACAGCACCCUGUCUUGCACACUGUCUCUUUCCUCUGGUCAUUGUAUGCCACGGUGGGGGGAGAAAUAGGGGCAUGAAC